AUGGCCAGCCCUCACCUUAAACCCCCAUCGCAGGGCUCCCCGCCUUCUGUAUACUCUGACGCGGGGGAAACGCCGUCAACGAGCUCGUUCGAGCCUUCAAACCCGCAAUGUACUCCCGAAUCGAGUGGAUCGGAUCGAGGAAGCCCGUCGACACAUCCUGCGACCCUCGACAGGCUACGAACUGACUUCGAUAAGGAGGUGGACGUCGAGGCGGAGGACGAGACACAGGGAUUUAUUUCGAAGCACGACCGGAAAUCUUCAGGUGAUUUUGACGAGGGCUCUGAUUCGGAAUGGGAUUUCAGGAAUGCUCCUCGGUACAGAGCGCCCGGAGCUGGAGCAGACUACACCCGGGAGGAGGAACAACAGGUUGUGAGGAGAUUUGACAGGCGAUUGGUCUUGUUCUUGGCUCUGCUCUAUUUACUUUCCUUCUUGGAUCGCUCAAAUAUUGGUAAUGCAAAGAUUGCUGGGCUUGCGGACGAUCUGCGGCUAUCUUCUUCGCAAUAUGAGUGGCUACUUAGCGCUUUUUAUAUCACCUAUAUUAUCUUCGAGUGGAUGACUUUGAUGUACCGGCUGGUCCCUGCACAUAUCUAUAUUUCGCUCUGCGUGUUUUCGUGGGGCCUGAUUGCAUCUCUGCAGUCCUUAGCCACAUCUUUCUGGCACCUAGCUUUUCUGCGGGCUUUUCUAGGAGUGGCUGAAGCAGCUUUUGGGCCCGGAGUCCCGUUCUAUCUAUCAUUGUUCUACAAGCGGGAGGAGCUGGCCUUCCGGACGGGUCUGUUUAUCUCUGCGGCGCCGCUGGCUACCUCCUUUGCCAGCAGUCUUGCGUGGCUGAUUGUUAAGCUCAGCAGCAAUGGGCCCAUUGCGCCAUGGCGCACACUCUUUCUGGUGGAGGGCUUUCCAAGUGUGGUAGCCGCGGUUUUUGCAUGGAUAUUGAUUCCCGAUUCUCCUGGGAAAGCAAGGUUUCUCACGCCACGUCAACGGAAAGUCGCCAAGUUACGGCUGGAGGGGAGUAAGCUUGAGCGGCAUGAAUCGUCUAAUGAAAAGUUCAAUUGGCGGGCAGUGGGAGAGACGCUCAAGGACCCAAAGGUGUACAUCACAGCUUUAAUGUUCUUCAGUUGCAACGUUGCUUUUAGCUCUAUGCCUGUAUUUCUGCCCACCAUCAUAAAAGACAUGGGAUAUUCCUCUCUGGCCUCACAGGCUCUGUCGGCGCCCCCUUUUCUGCUCUCCUUCGUUGUGGUUUUGAUCACCGCAUCUUUAUCCGAUCGCCAUCGGACCAGGAGUCCUUACCUGAUUGCGCACGCACUGUUGUCCGCAUUCGCCUACCUGGCGAUCGGACUGACCGGCUACUUCCACUCUUACAUGUCAACCACCAUGCACACAGUUAUACGAUAUAUCUGCAUCUACCCUGCCGCUUGUGGCUUCUUCUCAGCCAUCACCAUCAUUAUCACCUGGAGUAUGGAUAACCGCGUCGCUUACGAAGGUAAGGGAACCGGUGUCGCCAUGCUCAACAUCAUUGGUCAGUUCGGCCCCCUCGUUGGAACUAGGCUGUAUCCCGACAGCGACGGGCCGUGGUAUGUGCACGGCAUGGCCGCCUGCUCUUUGUUCAUGAUCCUGGUGGCCGUCCUGGCAUUCACGUUGCGAGUUCUUCUACAGAGAGCGAACUGGCGACAAGCACAAAAAGAGAAUCGGAUGGGUAUAGAGUUGGAAACAGGCGCUGGGGAAGGAGAGGGCUUGAUGGGCAACACCAGCGGAAUGCAGGAUUCCUCCAAGCCGUUGAAGUUCAUGUACAUAAAUCAUCAGCCACGACUGGUGUCUCAUCUUUCAAUCUUGAGGUCUGAAAUUCCUGGAGCCAAGCCAUCCUCUCCAGAUUUCGGGCAGAAUCCCGCUCCCGUCUCCAUGGAUGACAUGCCGAGGCCGUGA